AUGGACUUUUACCGGAAGUUGAGGAGUUCCUUAGACUCUAUCACAUCUCAUGGUUCCGAGCUCCUACGUCAAUCGGAAAACGGGUUAAUCAAUGGCAACCCUCUCGACGACAGGUCGAAGGCUGUACAAGAACCUCGGAAGAAACUUCUUGAGGCCGCAAUCAAGCUGAUUCAGUUUGCUACUCUUCCCGAGGAGUAUCUUGAUCAUCUUGCUAAUAGUUACCAAGAACUGACUUGUGUGCGCUGGCUUGUGGAUCUUGAAGUUUUACAACAUCUUCCCUACAAUGGCUCAAUAUCGCACCCUGUGUUAGCAGCCAAAGCUGGCGUUCCGGAGAAACAGCUGAAAGGCGUUGCUCGGAUGGCAGUGUUGAACGGAUUCUUGGAGGAACCUCAGCCUGGCCACGUCGCACAUAGUCGAUCGUCGGCUCUACUGGUACGCGACGACAACUUCAUGAAUUGGGCUCGUUGGAUGAUGAACUAUUCAAUGCCCGUAGCUUACAAGUUUGCCGACGCUACUCGCCGAUGGGGUGAAACCGACGCCAAGAACCAGACAGCCUUCAACGUGGCCCAGAACACUACGGAUCCUUUCUUCGAUCACAUCAGGAAGAACGCGGAACUUACAUCGGUUUUCUCUGGCUAUAUGCGCAACGUAACUGCGUCUCGACCAUGGAGUUUGUCCCACGCUGUCGAAUGCUUCGAUUGGGCUUCACUUCCUGAAGGUGCAAAGGUCGUCGAUGUAGGCGGCUCUCACGGCCAGCUGGCAGUCCAACUAGCUGCCAAAUUCCCGCAUAUCAAGUACUUAGUGCAAGACUUGCCCGAAACAAUUGCAACCGCUCAAAAAACUUUCGAUGCCGACUCCAGCAUCGACUCUGGAGUCAAGUCCCGCAUUCAAUUUAUGUCAGCCGACUUUUUCAAGUCGCAGGCGGUAUUAGAUGCCCAUGUCUACUUCCUACGCAUGAUCAUUCACGACUGGCCCGACCAAGAUGCUCGCAUUAUCCUGCGAAACCUCCGUGCGGCUUUGGAAAAGAACCCUAAAGCUCGAAUUGUUAUUAUGGACACGAUUCUGCCUCCCCCAGGCUCGACAACUUUGCAACACGAACAGCAAUUAAGAGUACGGGAUCUUAUGAUGAUGCAAGUUUUCAACGCGAGGGAACGCGAAUUGGAUGACUGGAAGACUUUGCUCAACGAUGUCGGCAUGGAGAUUGAGCAAUUGCGUCAGCCCGACGACAGCGUCAUGGGACUUUUGACAGUACAGCUGCAGUCUUCUGCCCCAGACAGUCCCAAUGAGUUCGUACAAAUCAAGAAGCCUAUCAUGCCGGCGACCAACGAAAGACCCGUUCUCAUCAUCGGUGCAGGUAUCAGCGGUCUGUGCCUUGCACAAGCUCUGAAGAAGGGUAACAUCCCUUUUCAAGUUUACGAGAGAGAUCCAGCAGUCGACUCCCGCCCUCAGGGAUAUCGCUUGAAGCUGCGGAAAGAUGCUGCUGUGGCACUUGCAGAGAGUUUACCCGAAGAAGUCUACCAGACUUUCCAAACUUCUUGCGCCACUUUAGCCAUUGGAGAGACCGAUUUUAAUCCAUUCACCGGUAUGGUGAUCAAUAGUCGCGCUGGUGGAGGGCUUAGCGGAAAGCUUGGCCUAAAUCCCAGCUACUGUGUCGACAGAGCAGCCUUCCGCACCGCUCUGAUGACCGGGAUCGGAGAUUGUGUUCACUUCUCCAAGGAGCUUGGGUCUUAUAAGUUGGAUGUCGAUAAAGGGGUAGUCAUUGUCACUUUCAAAGAUGGAGAAACAGUUGAGGGUCGGCUUCUCGUCGGUGCAGAUGGUCUACACUCCGCCGUACGCCGUGAUUUCGUUUCCAGUCACAAGAUCAAAGAUACAGGCGCUGCUUGUAUUUACGGCAAGACCCCAAUGAGUUCCGCUGUUCUCGAGAAAUUCCCAGAGAAGGGUAUGAGAUGGAUGACAAUCGUCUCUGAUCAGACACCGAUGCUCCAAUCAUGCGUCAUUGGAGAAGCACCGGUAACACUUUUGCUCGAACCGAUUCGCUUCAGCGAGGUUAGCCGUUCUCAGCAUCAACUGCCUGAAGAUUACAUUUACUGGGCACUUAUUGGGCCUGAGGCACGCUUUCGGUUGGACGGCGAGACGUCAACCUCCAAAGUCAGCAGUUCAAAGUCACACAAAGCAGCAAUAGAGGCUGCCCGUCUCAGUCUCUCCAUCACACAGGAGUGGCAUCCUUCUAUUCGUUCAGUGUUAGAGCUACAGGACACACGACAGGCAACUUUAAUCCGAGUCGUGUCUUCAGUUGCCAACAUUCCUGCUUGGGAACCAUCUGCCUUGACGACUUUGCUCGGUGAUGCUAUUCAUCCUAUGAGUCCUUGCGGUGGGGUUGGUGCGCAGACUGCAAUUUGUGACGCUUCUAGUCUAGCAAAGACAAUCAUUGCAGCCCAAGGAUCACCUUCCGCAGAAGAUAUUGGGGCAUUUGAGAAGGGUAUGCGGAAGCGUGCUCAAAGCAGCAUUCUUCAGAGUGAAAUUGGCUCAAAGAAGAUGUUUGGGUUGCGUUCUUUGGAAGACUGCGAUGCUUGGAUAGAAGUUUGA